ACAUACAAAUUUCAGGCACGACACAACCACCAAACUCAUACAUUUCUUCCUUUUCUCUUGUGCCAAAUCUCUGUUUGGUAAAAGGACAGACAUAGCCAUGGCCGCCAUGUCAGCCGCUGCCGCUGCCGCUGCCGCCGCCAACCCCAACUCCUUCCUCCUCAAAUCCAACACCCAAAUCAACGCCUUCCCUACUACCCACUCCCGCUCAUUUACCGCCGCCACCACUACUGUAAACAAGCGCAUAACAUGCUCAUCCACCACCUUCCAAACUCCGGCAGCCACCACCGUCGUCACCUCCUCAGAUCGCGUGUUCAACUUUGCUGCCGGUCCGGCCAUCCUUCCUGAGAACGUCCUACUCAAGGCCCAAUCGGAGCUCUAUAACUGGCGGGGAUCUGGCAUGUCUGUCAUGGAGAUGAGCCAUCGGGGUAAAGAGUUUCUCUCGAUCAUUCAGAAGGCCGAGUCAGAUCUCCGGAUCCUGCUCAAUAUUCCGGAGAAUUACUACGUCCUCUUCCUCCAAGGUGGAGCCACCACCCAAUUCGCCGCCAUCCCGCUCAAUCUCUGCAACCCUGAUGAUCCUGUCGAUUACAUCGUCACAGGCUCCUGGGGAGACAAGGCCUCAAAAGAAGCCUCUAAAUACUGCAAGCCCAAGACCAUUUGGAGCGGGAAAUCUGAGAAAUACGUCAAUAUCCCCAGCUUUGGAGCCCUUGAGCAAACGCCUGAAGCCAAAUACUUGCACAUUUGUGCUAACGAAACCAUUCAUGGGGUCGAAUUCAAGGAUUAUCCAGUUCCGACUAAUGGAAAUUCUUUGCUUGUAGCUGAUAUGUCAUCCAAUUUUUGCUCCAAGCCAGUAGAUGUGAGUAAAUUUGGGAUGAUCUACGCUGGAGCCCAGAAAAAUGUCGGUCCAUCGGGGGUUACAAUUGUGAUAAUAAGAUCGGAUUUGAUUGGAAAUGCCCAGCCAAAUACUCCUGUAAUGCUGGAUUACAAGAUCCACGCUGAGAAUAAUUCACUGUACAAUACGCCUCCUUGCUUCGGCAUUUAUAUGUGUGGGCUUGUGUUCGAGGAUCUCAUUGCUCAAGGUGGAUUGAGCGAGGUGGAGAAGAAGAAUGUGAAGAAGGCACAGAUUUUGUAUGACACCAUUGAUGGGAGCAAUGGGUUCUUUAGGUGUCCAGUGGAAAAGAGCGUGAGAUCAUUGAUGAAUGUCCCAUUUACAUUGGCAAAGCCAGAGUUGGAAGCAGAGUUUGUGAAAGAAGCAGCCAAGGAGAAGAUGGUGCAGCUGAAGGGGCAUAGGUCGGUUGGCGGCAUGAGAGCUUCAAUAUACAAUGCUAUGCCUUUGGCUGGGGUCGAGAAAUUGGUUGCAUUCAUGAAGGAAUUCCAGGCAAGGCAUGAUGUUUAGGAAUUGGAUUGGAUUGGAUAAUUCUGUCUUGAUGAGAUUAUUGUAGCUACUUUUGUCUUGCUUUCUUGUUUGUCCCUGUUAUAAUCCUUAUUAGUAAUGUUUGUUUCAUUUUCUUGUUUAGGCUGGCUUGUUAGGCAUUUUUUACAAUCUUAACUAUGAUAGCGAAUGUUACCACUUGUUGAAGUUUACCAAUUAAAGAAUAAAUAGAGAAGUUAUCAAAUUCAAUUGCU